AUGUCCAAGUACUCAAAGCUGGCCCGCGGGAUUUGCGACCUGCUGAUCUGGGCGGCCCUCAGCGUAGCCUGUGUGCUGCUCCACAAGAUGGGGCGUCCCUUCCGGCGCGGCUUCUUCUGUGGCGACGAGUCCCUCAGCUAUCCGAACCGCGACGACACCAUCGGCUCCAAGGUGAUCAUCGCCAUUGUUCUCGGAGUGCCCACCGCCGUGAUCGCAGUGGUAGAGUUGUUUAGGCAGCUGCCCGGAGGCCCGCUUAGGGAGGCGGAAGGCAAGCGGCAUAGCUGUCGGAUCGCCCACCGCCUGGGCGUCCUGUACCGCCAGGCCAUGUUCUACCUAUACGGCCUGUCCAUGGUCACGUUCACCACGAUGCUAACGAAGCUGUGCAUCGGACGCCUGCGACCGCACUUCUUCGCCGUGUGCCAGCCCAUGCUACCGAACGGAAGCGGCUGCCAGGACGCCCAGAAUCUGGGCCGCUACAUCGACAGUUUCACGUGCAGCAACGCCAACAUGACCGACUACCAGUUCAAACAGCUCCACCAGUCCUUCCCCAGCGGCCACGCUAGCAUGGCCAUGUAUGCUAUGAUCUACCUGGCCAUUUACCUGCAGGCGGCGCUCAGUACGCGCGUCACCAAGCUGCUGAAGCAUCUGCUGCAGUUCCUCUUCGUUAUGUUCGGCUGGUACGUCUCGCUGACCAGGAUCAUUGACUACUACCACCACUGGAGCGACGUCUUAGCGGGGGCGGCACUGGGCGUGGUUUUCGCCUGGCUAACGAGUGCCUACGUGGCCGACUUGUUUGCCGGCAAGCGCUGGCCGAAGGCUGGCUACUCCGCCAACACGCUGCGCAAGCCGCAAGUCUCACCGAAGAGCUCCACCAAGUCGCAGGCAGGAGGGUCCACGUCAGGAGCGGGUCAGCCGCCCUCUCUGCCGGCCUAUACCUUUGGAACGCUGCCCUAUCUGGCGGCACAUCCCGCCCAGGCGCAGGCGCAGUACGCCCAGCCCUAUCACAACUACGGCUACGUGCCCUGAGCUCAUUGCCGGAUUCCAUUAGCUAAACCUAGCUUAGAAAUGCCCACAAACAUACACACACUCACAAACUAAGUUUGCACAGAAUUCCUGUUUUGUUGUCUGUAUUCUAGCGAAAUAAAUAUUUUCAAGUCCGAUACGAA